AGCGUUUAGUGCCGCACCCUGUAUACUCCGCGCGUAAAAAAAAAAGAAGAAAAAAAACCGCGCUCCAAUAUUUACGUCGGCAGUUUCCGAAUAACGACUCACCUCGCGGGGGGGGGGGGGGGGAGUUGGUGACAGAGAUGCGAGAGGAGCGGCUGGUGGUUGAGCUAUGACAAGAAUGCACCGCGAAGGAUGGCUUUAACCUGCGAGGAAAUGUUGCGAUUGAUCGGACUAGCGUGCCUCUGCCUGCGCGUGCUACCGGAGGUGGUGGCAGAGGACAGCUACCUAAAUGAGGUCCAGAGCUCAGCCCCUCUGUCGUGCUCAGAGGGCUUCACGGAGCUCGGCUACUACAACGGCACAGUGGCCCAGACAGACUCUGGCGCCCCCUGUCUGAAAUGGACGGAGUUCCCCGACUACGUCCUGCAGUACCCGGGCAGAGGGCUGGGCGACCACAGCUACUGCAGGAACCCUGACCGCGAGUCCAACCCCUGGUGCUUUUUCAGGCAGAACUCCGGGGCCAUAGGAUGGGCCUACUGCGACUGCCACCAGGGCGCUGCUCGGCUGGUGGGCAGCUCUUCCUCUGACAGCGGCCGAGUGGAAGUGUACCUGAACGGCCAGUGGGGGGCGGUGUGCGACUCCCACUGGACAGACAGAGACGCCAGUGUGAUCUGCAGACAGCUUGGCCUGGGAGAGAUAGGCACCGCGCUGCAACACUCCCAGUUCGGCACGGGCUCUGGCCUAUUUCACUAUGAGCGCAUGGGUUGCCGUGGCGACGAGGGCAGCCUCAGCAACUGCCGGAGCAGGACGUUCGUCACCGGCGACUGUAGUCAUGGAAACGAGGCGGGACUGGCGUGUGCGCCGCCAGAAGGCGGCGGUCCUCCGCUGCGAUUGGUGGGUGGCGAGGAGGAGUUUGAGGGUCGCGUGGAGGUGUUCCACAAAGCCAGGUGGGGCUCCGUCUGCGAUGACCAAUGGGACGACAGCGACGCAGAGGUGGUGUGCCGACAGCUUGGAUUCGGGGGCGUGGCGAAGGCCUGGUCGUGGGCCCACUAUGGCCAGGGCUCCGGCCCCAUCAUGCUGGACGCGGUGAGGUGCACCGGGAACGAGCUCUUCCUGGGCCAGUGUCGCCAUGGUGACUGGGAGCAACACAACUGUGACCACAUGGAGGACGCCGGUGUCUCCUGCAGCCCCUAUUCAGACGGUGUGGUGCGUCUGGUGGGGGGAGACAGCCCGUGGGAGGGCCGCGUGGAGGUCUUCCACAACGGGGACUGGGGGACGGUGUGUGACGACCAAUGGUCUGAGCGGCACGCCCAGGUGGUCUGCCGGGAGCUGGGAUACAGGGGUCACGCAGAGGUCGUGGAGGACGGAGCGUUUGGCGAGGGCACGGGCCUCAUCCUAUUGGACGAUGUCAGCUGUGACGGCUCGGAGGCCUCCCUGCUGGACUGUCGCCGUGGUAUCUGGGGGCGGACCGACUGUUCCCACGGCGAGGACGUGGGCGUGCGCUGCAGGGGCGGGGCCAGCCAGGAGACCAAUGAGGUGCCGGUGAUCGCACCCUCUACAGGUCCCCUGGUGCGCUUGGUGGGAGGCAGCGGGCGGAAGCAGGGGAGGGUGGAGGUGUAUCUCCAUGGCGACUGGGGCAGUAUCUGCGACUCCGGCUGGAACGACCUCAACGCUGCGGUGGUGUGCAGGCAGCUGGGGCACAGCGGUGGGGCUGUGGCGCGGGGGGGCUUCGGCCAGGGGAAGGGGCCCAUCCACCUGGACAGGGUGCGGUGCACGGGGAAGGAGGAGUUCCUGGGCGAGUGUCCCUCUCUGGGCCAGGGCCCGCAGAGCUGCAGGAGGCGGGAGGACGCGGGCGUGGCCUGCGACGUCAGCCCGCCCCCCACCUCUCUGUCCCCGGCGGCGUCGCCGUCGACGACGGAGAAGGCCAGGCCCCAGGAUGUGUCCUGCGGGCUGAGGAAGCUCACAGAGACCCGAGGCAACACGAAGGGAGAAGAGGACGUGCCCCUUGGGAGUUCCUGGCCCUGGCAGGUGUCCGUGUGGCUUCAGGCCCAGGGCAGGGAUGGAGCUCCUCUCUGCAGCGGGACCCUGAUCAACCCCUGCUGGGCUCUCACCUCCGCAUACUGCUUCACGAGGUACGGCAGUAACCCGUCCACGUAUGUCGUCCGCGUCGGUGCGUCGCUGCAGACCCUGUCCCCGGAGCGCGUGGUCAUCCACAAGAAGUACAAGGGUCAGAGCGGGGGUCACGACCUGGCGCUGGUCAGGCUGCCCAGCAGCAAAGGCCACUGUCUGACCUUUGACCCCAACACGAACGCAGCGUGCCUGCCCACCCCAGACAGAGCCAUCCCGUCGCCGCCGGCGUCUUGCAUCACCACGGUUACGACCGGCUGGGAUGGUGAAGACUCCGUGGUCGCGUCCUGGGUGCCCCUCAUGUCGCCAUGGCAAUGCAAGAAGCACUACGGCGACAGCUUCUCCAGCCACGGCACCCUGUGCGCCGGCAGCCCCCCGGACACCAGCCGUCUCCGCGGCGACGGUUGUCCCGGCGGCACCGGCGGCGGGCUGGUGUGCCAGGACGGGGGCGGCCGCUGGGUGCUCACCGGACUGGUCGCCGGCGGUUACGGCUGCGGCGGGGGCGCCUCGUCACCGGCGCUAUACACCCGCGUCAACCGGUUCCGGGGCUGGGUGGAGGAGGCGGUCGACGCCCACCUGGCCGCUCGCCGGUCGGGCGUGGUCACGGCCAGCGCGGCGAGCACGCCGGAAGACCUCGCCGACGCGACUGUGGCGCCCAGCGCGCACGCCCACGCCCGCUCUCACGAUGACGUCAUCCACGGGAAGGACGAUUCGAAACUCUUGAAGCACGCGCACGGCCUGGGCCUGCCCAAGCACCCCCGCCGACGGCACCACGCCGCUGACGAAGGAGGCGUGGACACAGAGAGCGAGGCCGGCAAGCCCAAACACAUGCACGCCCACGCGCAGUACCCCGAUCGCCGUGGCAACGCUAAGAGCAGUGCGCACCCUCGCCUCCAUGCCGAACCACGCACGGACAACCAGCUCUGAGAGGUGGAGAGAGGGAGAGAGAGAGAGAGAGAGAGAGAGAGAGAGAGAGAGAGAGAGAGAGAGAGAGAGAGAG